AGUCAUGGGGAAGGUAAUGCAGUUGGUGGAGGGUUUGAUAUGGGGAAAGCUGGUGGUGGAGGUAUGGAGUGGGAGAAUCGGCGUCAGAAUUGGCAUCGAAAUGAUGGAGUGCUGAAGUAUGUGAAUCCGAAAAUUGGAACUUAUGGAGUUACGCCGAAUGGAAAUGGGGGAAUGAUUCCUAGUGUGGGAAUGCCGUUUGGGAUGACGAGGUGGACGGCGCAGACGAGGGAGAACUUCAUCUCACAAUGUCCGUACAACGAUCUGGAUGAGUAUAUCCAUGGAUUCCAAGCUACGCAUCAGCCGGCCAUCUGGAUGGGGGAGAGUGGACAGGUCGUGCUGAGUCCUGGACUGGGAAGUCCACAACCACUGUUUGAAAAGAGAGCGAGAAAGUUCAACAAGGCAGACGAGGUUUCUACUCCUUACGUCUACGAGGUGUCGAUGGAUGCUGCGGCUGUAGAGCAAGGGCAAAAUUUGACUGAGAGUAUUUACAGCCCUGUGCCGGGAGGUGCUCAGCCUGUACCGGAUGAUGUCAAGGAGGGUACGAAUGGAAGAGUCAGGAGAAGCGAAGGCGAUCUGCAAGUUGCGCGUGCGGCACAAAAUAGCAUUCCCUCUGCGCAGUCUGAGGCUGCGGGCAAGAUCAAAGUGGCCAUUACUGCUACUGAUCACGUGGGACGAAUGCUCAUUGAUUUCGGGGAUCCGGAAGGACGAAGUGCUUUUCCUCAUGUCUUUGUGCAAGCUACUCGCAAGAACUGGACCGGAGAGAUCACACUCGAUCGGAAACGACAAGAGGUCUAUGGACGAAAUCCUCAGCGGCAGGAUUAUGCCCUUGGGCCGCUGCCGGCAACGAACUUCAGUGGCUAUUUUGUCUCUCGAUUCUCGGAACCGUUCGUUUCGGGUACUGUCUAUGUUGGUGAUAAGAAGCAGUCCGGAAUCAUGGACGCUGAGGGCCGCUUGUUGAAGCAAGCAGAGCAUGUUGGUGCUUAUCUUCGAUUCAGCAAUCGGCAACGAGUGGUUGAAGUCCGUACAGGCGUUUCAUUCGUUAGUGUCGAGCAAGCGAGAUACAAUCUGGACCUGGAAGCACCAUACACGAUAUCUUUCGACCAGGCUGUUGAGAAUUUGAAACAUGCAUGGCUCGCAAAGCUGGGGAGAGUGACCAUUGAAGGAGUCAACACAACCGACAGCGAGCACGAUCAACGCACGAUCUGGUACACGGGUCUCUUUCACGCGUUGCAGUAUCCUUCUGACUUUGCGGAAAAGGCGAGGGGCUGGACGAGUGGGUUGCGGAAGUUUUACAGUGGCUAUACUGAUAGCAUGCAUUCAGCCAAGGACUCCUACUACCAGUCGUGGUCCAUCUGGGAUACAUUCAGAGCAGAACACAGUCUGCUCACGAUGUUCGCGCCGGAGAGGGUCAAUUCCAUGAUGCGAUCGCUGGUCAGGAUUUAUGAAUGGGCAGGUCGUUUGCCGAUGUGGGCGAAUGUCGUCGAGACGAACAUUAUGAUUGGCACGCACGUGGAUGCUGUAAUUGCUAAUGCGUUGGCCCGAGGCUUCAAGGAUUUCGAUAUCAAAACGGCCUGGGAAGCUGUGAAGAAGAAUGCUUAUGAGCCGCCGAUAAAUGACACAGAGCUGUUGUACUACGACCGAGAAGCCAAUACUCCGGACGAAGUCAGAGCAGGCCUUACAGCCUACAUGGAGAAAGGCUAUGUUUCAAACGACCGCUGGGCGGAAAGUGCUUCACGAACUCUCGAUUACGCAUUCGAUGACUAUGCAGCUGCAAUCGUCGCUGAACAUGCAGGCGACCAGAAAACUGCCAGAGCCCUCCAUGAACGAAGCAUGAACUACCGCAACGUCUACAAUUCGGCAACGGGCUUCAUGGAAGCCAAGAAUGACAACGGCACCUGGGCUGGCCGCGACCAAGGUUGGACAGAAGGAGACGACUGGAUCUACACCUUCAACGUCAUGCACGAUCCUCUUGGUCUCGCAGACCUCAUGGGCGGACGCGACAAAUUAAAGACUAAGCUUGACGAGUAUUUCAACGACGGUCACAACGAUCACACGAAUGAGCCUUCGCAUCAUGCAUCUUACCUGUAUGCUGCAAUCGGAUACCCGGAUACGACGCAAACCCUCGUACGAGACAUCGCUACACAGAAUUACAAUGCUACGUCCGCUGGACUGAGCGGCAAUGAAGAUCUGGGGCAAAUGAGCGCGUGGUAUGUUUUCACUGCGUUAGGCUUUUAUCCUCUGAAUCCGGCGAGCGACGAGUACGUUGUCGGGGCACCAUUCUUUGAGAAUGUGACGAUCAGGAUCCCUGCAGGUGCAACAACAGGAGGGAGAGGUGGGAAAGAGCACGCUUUGUCAAUUCUGGCGCCUGGAGCGACGAAGAUGCCAUUUGUCAGAGGUCUGAAGGUCGAUGGACGAGUCGUGGAGAAGCCGUUGCUAAGACAUGGGGAGAUUGUGGGCGCGAGUAAGAUAGAGUUUGAUAUGGCUGAUAGUCCGCAGGGAUGGGGUCGAUGGUAACAGGAUAAUCUUGCAUUUUCGGAGGUACGUCCUUCUAUGUAUAG